AGCCUUUGAUUUCCCCCACAUACUUCGAGAGUGGUUCUUAAAUACUUUUACCUGUUUUCUCAGUUUUUUCGGUCUAUCAGUAGUUGCCUGUGUUGAAUGUUAGCUCUUAAUUAUUGAGACAGCUGAUAGCCGGAGUUCCUCUGAGUACAGUUUUGUUGGACCUGGCAUCGUCCGUUUCUCAUCAUGUCUUUACAGGAAUUGGGCAGUCAAGCCUACCAGAAGGCUGUGUUUGCUGAUUACAAUGGAGCCGUCCAGAUUUUAGACAAAGCUAUUGCCAAGUUUCCCAAGGAUGAAAAACUGUGGAACAAUAGAUGUUUCUGCCUUUUAAAAUUGAAUAAUUUCAAAAGAGCUCUUCAGGAUGCAGAGAAUAUGGUGAAACUUUUCCCUCAGUAUCCCAAAGCCCACUACAGAAAUGCAGAAGCGCUUGCGGCAGUCAAGAGGUUUACAGAAGCUGAACACAGUCUAAAUUACCUUUUGAAACUAGAUCCCAACUGUGCAGAAGCCCAGAGAUUAUUAUGUCAAGUUCAGAGUCAAAAUAAAGUAAGGAGGGUCUCCAAUCUCGCUGCCAUGGAUUCCAGUCGAGCUGUAAAAGGGUCGCAAAAGGGCAGUGACCUAUACUACUCUGAUGAAGAUUUGAAUAAGAUGUUAGAACGGGCAGUUGCACUAGAAUCGCAAAACAAACCAUCAAAAAAGAAGAAAAAAAAAGGGCUAUUCUAAGUAGACCACAUUUACAAAUUGGGUACUUGGAUCAUUUAGGAAUCUGUGCUUGAACUACCUGAUCUUCACCAGAUUUUUUCCAGGGUAUCAUCGCCAGGAGAAUAUUUUUACCCCUUUUUUUUUGCUCGUCUGAUUUUCAGCAGCUGAAUGUAAGCAAACGCAGCUCUGCUGUUCCCAGCAAAAACGCUGUAACUCACUCCAAAUUUUGUAUUUUUUUUCACAAGAAAACUGAAUUGCUAGAAGGCUUUAUUUUUUCAUCCUAAAUUCCUAUCGGUAUUCCAGAGUCAACUUGGAAUAGGAAAGAAUGAAUUUUUUAGUUUUCUGGCAUAACAGCAUUUUGUCUGAAGCUAAUUGAUAAAAAGUUGAAUGGAGCUACAGUUUUUUUCUUCUGAACGGUGGAGCAAGUGCCUAGUCAAGAGAUCAAAGUUUGAGUAAAAUUUUCUACUAAGUUACCAUUUCAUUGAUGAAUUUUUAUUUACCAUGACAUUGUGAAGGUAGCAUUUAAUUUUCAUGCAGGCUCAUAUUGUAGUUUUUUUCUCUUAUUAUUUUUUAUUUUUGUACACAAUUUUUUAUAAGUUAAGUCGUUUUAUACCCACAGUAUAAACUGUUCUCACUUUAAGGCUCAAAUUAACAUAACAUAGUUAUAUUAGACUGAUUUUAUAGUACGUUGUUAAGUGCCCAUGCAGUCAAUUAUCUGUCAAUUCACUUUUGCCUUGGUUUGGUACAAGGCAGCAUUUCGUUGUCGAUUUGGCAUCUGAAUGGUUGCUGUUUUUAAUUGAAAAGAGCGAGCUCAUUUCAUGAAUUUUCAAACAUCAAAUAUUUUGAAAAUGUUACAAUUCGGCGAGUCAAUUAUCGAAUCAUUUUUGAGUAAGCCUGAUUUAGAAAUCUCCGUCGCAACAAUGCUAUUUAUCGAUCAAGUUAAUUCAAAAUGAUUUUGCAGUCUAAGUGUUGUUUUAUGAAGACGGAAUCCCAUAGCUUUGUCACGGUCAUUCGUUGUCAGUAAUUGAUACCCAAGCACACAAACCUCUAGAUUUUUGCCUCUUUGAAAAAAAAUGCGAGUUCUAAUUUGCAAUGCUUAUAAAAAAAAUUUUUCCCUGAUUUUCUCGUAUAAGUUAUUGUUAUUUUCAAACUUAAAGAGGCAGCAGCUUUAAGCAAAAGUUUAUUUAGAUCCGAAUUUUAUGAAAAAAAGCACUUUUUUUGAGCAUAAAAUUGGUUGACGAAGUAUUAAAAAAUGUUCUAGGGACACCCAGACUUGCAUUUUAAACUAAUUGAUAAUAUUUCUUUUUAAGAAGCCUUUUUUGCAUUUAAGCUUGUAUGUAGUCUCUAUUAUUGUGUUAAAAUAAACAUCAUUUGGCAUUAAGGAAUUACUUUUCCCGGCUCAUCCAUAACCGUCCAUUUACCUGCAUUGCGUCUGCAUCGGGUAACUAAUGGUAUGUAUCGAUGGUAAAACAGCAGAAAUGCGUAUUUCGAUGUGUGACUUUCCUGACUUUCCAUCAUACAAAUACCUUCUACGUGGAAAACUACUGAACAUCAUUUCUUGAGACCUUCUUCCGUUUUUCUUCUUUUGUUGAAGAAUAAUGUGUGAACAUUUCAAGCCAUGGUGGUUAAGUCUCCUUUUUUUUUAAAAAAAAAAAGAAAUAGGAGCGGGGAUUUUGAAACGGGAUGCGUAUUUUUGCAAUUUCACCAUCAAUAAGUUGUUGUUUUUAAAAUGAGUUAAAAUUGUAAUUUCUUAUCGCAAAAUGUAGGCUAUAUGAUGAUCUGCUUGUAUCAGAAGAGUAUUUAACAGUUUUAAAAGAUUGUGAUAAAAAUUGGAGAAUAAAUGAAUUUUUUGUUGUGAUGAA